AUGGCGCCCCGUCGCAAGUCGACUCCGAAAGCCUCGCCGGCCAAGUCUCUGAGUGGAGACCCGGUUGUUGUGGAAGAGUAUGCUAAGGCCUGGGAUACGGUGACCUCGGCUAUUGACUCUCUGAAGAGCAGUGGGCAAUGGGUGUCGAGCGGCACUGCCCCGGGAACUGUGCCCGGCUUGACAAAUGUUUUGCCGAAUGACUUCAAGGGCAGGGAUGUCCCCGUGGACACGCCGAAUCUGAGCAGCAAUAGCUCUUGCCGCCUGGCUGUGUGGUCUCUUCACUGUGUCGGUGUUUUGGGAGACCUCGAGCUUCAGACCCCGGGCUUCGCUGCAAUGUCUAUCUCAAGAUCUGACAUCGCUGGUGCCCGCGAGUACUGGUACGGUGGCUCCUCCGAGCCGCGCGAGCUUCCGAUGCUGACAGUUUUGUACACGGAUGAAACUGAGAAGGGGGGCUUCCAUCCGGUCACCCGCUUGGCGAUGAUUGCAGCCUUCAUCGUCGAAUGGGCUUCGGCGACAACGGACUCCCGACGCGAGCAGUUCAAGAAGCUUGCCGGUGCCAUCACGAUGCGCCUGUUGAAAGGCGCGGGCGACAGCGCCGAUUGCUUUUGGCAGGUCCACGCGUUUGGCGAAGACGCUGAAAAAAUCGCGCAAGAGGAGAGCAAUGCAUACUGCAUAUUGCAGAGCCUCCUCAAGAGCGUCGGAAAGCGCCACACGGCAGAGGACAUCUUUCAGGAGUUCCAGGCGAAAGUGGCGGACGGCAAGCUCAGGUAUGCCAGUGAAGAGAGCAAGGCGGGGGUAUGGGAGACGAUGCGGGAAAUGCAACGGUCGACCGAGGGUCCGACGUGGAUGUCCAAGUGGGCGACUGCUGUGAGGGUUCUCGGGCCAUCCAAAGAUCCUCAGGAUUUCGCCUAUAUGAUCAGGCAGUUGGCGAAGGGGUUUCACUGCCCGGAGGAGGUGAAGGAUAGCUUCGUCAAGCCUGUGGGUCAAAUGACGAGGGAUCAGGUGGAAUCGACGUGCAAAGCAUUGCUGGCGACAAGGCGCAUCAUGGCCCGAGUGGCCAAGGAGUGCGGCGGGGACCCAGCCGCCGGACAGGAUAAGUCUUGGACGGAUGCACUGUCAAAAAUGCUGCUGCCCGAUGCGGUUCCUGUGACGAAGGUUGAUGGCAGCCAUGUGUCGGAUGCUUUCCUCGGAAAGAGCGACAGCCAGGUGGCUGUCCUGCAGCUGCUGCAGGACCUGAACGAUCUCAAACACUUGAAGGUCGUGCAAGCCGUGUCGGGCUAUGUGGACAAUGCGAGUUCACAAUGGUCCGACUCGCGAGUUCAGGCCAUCGUCCGUGAGGCGGUUGCAGAGUCGCCGGGCAGCAACAGCAGCAGCAAGGGCACAUCUCAGACUUCAUGCCUGCCUCAUUCCUUGCUUCCCAGGUACGGCAAAGAAUUCCUGCGACCCACCGCAGUGACCGAGCCGGAGCCUGCACCGGCACCGGUGCCGGAUGAAGGGCCUCCGGCCUGGAACGAUGGUGAUAUGAUUGAGCCCCCGGCAACUCCGGGAUCCGUUGACCCGGGGGCAAUGCACAAGCAGCUUCGGAAUGAAGUUGACAGGGAGGCGCGAAGGCAUGUCAAGUACCUGGUGGUGAACGACGUGUUGGAUAGCAACGGUGUCGCCACCACGCUGACCCCGAGCCUUGGUAACGGAAGCUUGCUGCCACGGCUCUUUGUUUCCGCAUUGCGCCCCUAA